AUGUCGUACAACAACCAAUACGGCGGCCCACCCAGCCACGACCAGGGCUAUUAUGGAAAUCAGGGCUACGGAGGCCAGCAGGGUAAUUAUCCUCCUCCUCAGCAGCAGCAGUAUGGAGGCCCUCAGCAAGGCUACUAUCCGCCUCAGCAGCAGCAACAGCCAUACGGCCAACCCCCUCAUGAUCCGUACUCGGCCGGACCUCCGCCUUACCAACAAGAACACCAGCAAUACCCACCUCAAGGGUAUGGACAACAACCGCAGCACGGACAACACCCAGGACCGUACGGGCAAGAUCCCAAUGCGCCAUACGGACACGACCGCGGACACUCCCCUUAUCCUCCCCAACAGCAGCAGCAAUACCACCAGCCCCCAGGUGGUGAGAACUCUGCCUACUACGGUGGCCACCAGGGAGGACACCCGGCCCAGGGACAUGCUCCAGUGCCAGCAGGCGCUGAAGGCGAAAGGGGCCUGGGUUCAACAUUGCUCGGUGGCGCUGCUGGUAGCUUCUUAGGUCAUAAAAUGGGCGGCGGAGCUCUGGGAACCGUAGGUGGCGCUGUCGCUGGAGCAGUGGGAAUGAAUGUGGCUAGCAAGUUGCACAAGAAGCACAAAAAGAAGAAGCACCACAGCCACGGCCACAAGCGCAGAGGCAGUUCGAGCUCUUCGAGCUCUAGCUCCAGUUCUAGCUCCAGCUCUUAA